ACUCUGAGUGCGGAAGUGCAGCCAAACCUCUGAGCUCCCUUCCACUUUGUGCCGCUGGACGUUAAUAUAAAGUCAAUGUCGCUUAGUGGAAGCUGUACAAGUUUAAUACUGCUGGUUAAAUAAACGAAAGGUUGUUCACCUGCAGCACCUGAUCAACUGCUGAUAGUGUAGCUGCUAAGUCGAAAGACACAAUGUCCUGAUGGAGAAUAUCCGAUCACGUCUGAAAUUGACAGGGAAUAAAGUCGAAGAUGUAAAACUUAGGAAAAGAAAAUCUCAACUUUACGCAAAGGAAGAUGAAUCCCCUCUUAACAACGGUGUGCUGAGAGUUGUUGUGUUUUCUGUGGCGUUCAGGCUGAUCAACUGCUUUCUGGUCCAGACCAGCUUCGUCCCCGAUGAGUACUGGCAGUCUCUGGAGGUCUCCCAUCAUAUGGUCUUCAAUUAUGGGUACCUGACGUGGGAAUGGAAGGCAGGACUAAGAGGAUUCUUCUAUCCACUCUUCUUUGCAUUCAUAUAUAAGACAUUACACUUCAUCAACUACGACUCAGUCUAUCUCCUGAUAUGGCUCCCACGAAUAAUUCAAGCGCUCCUGGCUGCGUUCGCAGACGUGAAAUUCUACUUCCUCAUCCGCACGUUAGAAAGUCGUGAUGUUGCAAAAUGGACGUUCUUCUGCCAUCUGUGCUCGUGGUUCUCUUGGUACUGCUGCACGAGGACUCUGACCAACAGCAUGGAGACCACCAUCACCUCUCUGGCUCUGUUUUACUUUCCCCUGCCCGGGUCCAAAACACACAGCAGCAAAAAGUAUUUGACCCUGGUCGCCCUGGCUGUCAUUGUUCGACCGACAGCCCUCAUUGUCUGGUCUCCUCUGCUGAUGUACCAUUUCUGGCAGGAAGAUAACAAACUGAGACUCAUCACGCAUAACUUCAUUCCUAUAGGAGCUGUGGCUGUUGUGAUUUCAACUGUGAUCGACUGCAUAUUCUAUGAAAAGUGGACCAUGGUGCAGUUCAACUUCCUGAGGUUUAACAUCUUCUAUGGCGUGGCUGAUUUCUACGGCUCUCAUCCCUGGCACUGGUACUUCACUCAGGGGUUUGCUGUCGUGAUCGGCCCUCAUCUUCCACUCUUUCUCCAUGGGUGCACCAUCGCCUUCAAAAGAUACAAGAUUCUGUUGGCAGCAGUCGUCUGGACACUUGUGGUUUACAGUUUGCUUCCUCACAAGGAGUUCAGGUUCAUCUACCCGGUGUUGCCGUUCUGUAUGGUGUUCUGUGGGAUAUCUUUGGCUAACUUGAAAGCGUGGCGACGAGCUGCUGCGUUCGUCUUGUUGGCGAGUAACCUGGUUGCGGCGCUGUACACCGGCCUGAUCCACCAGCGAGGCACUCUGGAUGUCAUGAGCCGUCUCCAGACACUUUGUGACGUCAGCAGCACCUCCACUCCCUCGCGGCCGGACGUCCUGCUCCUCAUGCCCUGCCACUCAACGCCUUUUUACAGCCACGUCCACUGCCCGAUGAAGUUGAGGUUUCUCGAGUGUCCUCCGGAUCUCGGAGAGGAGGGUUACGUCGAUGAAGCGGACAUGUUCUACGACAACCCUCUUCACUGGCUCAGGACUUCAUUUCCAUACAAAUCGUCUCUACCGACCCACCUGGUUCUGUUUGAUGUUUUGGAGAAGGAAAUCUCUGUGUUUUUGCAGGGGAAUCACUUUGUGAGGACGGCAGAGAUAUUUCAUACUCAUUUUCCAGAGGGAAGAGUUGGAGGAAGCAUCUUUAUUUAUGAAAGGCACUGACAAACACUGGAACAAUGGCAAUUUUCUUAAGGAGAAUGUCAUUAAAUGGAUUUGCUACUGAAAUAAAUAGUUUAAACUCAAA